AUGAGGCGAACCACAAAUGGACGAGCAUUUCGUCCGCUGCUUCUGCUGUUGAGCCUGCUGGCAGGCUGCCAUCUGGUCAACUCAUUUAAUAUAGAUACAAAGAAUGCUUUAGUUCAUACAAUGAACUCUGGAUACUUUGGAUAUUCACUUGAUUUUUACAAUGAGCAGAAAGGAAUGCCUGUGCUUGUUGUCGGAGCUCCAGAAUCUGAAACUACCAAUCCAAAUCUACGUGGAAUCCGAAGACCCGGUGCAGUCUAUGUGUGUUCUGUAAAUCGACCAACUUGUCGUGAAGUUCACAUCGAUCAAAAACAGGGAAAUGAGAAACGACUCAAUGGAUCUGUCUUGGCACCAAUCGAAGACAAGUCUCAUCAGUUUUUCGGUGGAACUAUCCGUUCAAACAAGAAACAUGAUAGGCUCAUGAUGUGUGCUCCCAAGUACAAGUACUUCUUCUCCAAAUUUGAGGUCAUUGAACCUGUAGGAACUUGCUUCUAUGCCGAAAACGGAUUUUCUAAGACUGAAGAAUUCCCAGCUUGCAAGCAAGAACCUGCUCGUCACGGUAGACACAGAUUAGGAUAUGGUCAGUGUGGAUUUUCAGCUGCUAUCCCUGAUCGAAUGAAUAAGAACGACGAACGCGUCUUCAUCGGUGCACCUGGUGUUUGGUACUGGCAAGGAGCUAUCUUCAGCCAAAGUUUGAAGAACUUCACUGACAGGCCCAAUACUGAUUAUGCUCAUGAGAAGAAAUACGAUCAUGAUAUGAUGGGAUAUGCCACAGCCACCGGUGACUUGGAUGGUGAUGGCAUCGAUGAUGUUGUUGCUGGUCUACCAAGAGGAGACGAUUUAGCCGGAAAGCUUGUUCUUUACACUUCCGGUCUCAAAAGAAUCGUUAACCUGACUGACACUGUUAGUGCUCAACCAGGUCAGUACUGUGGAAGUUCUAUCAUCGUUACCGACAUCAAUAAGGAUGGACGUGAUGAUAUCAUCACUGGAUGUCCCUUCUAUACUGAUUACGUAACUGUAGUGGAUGCUAAAACUCAAGAGAGAAAGCCACAAUAUGAUGUAGGAAAGGUUCUUAUUUAUCUUCAAACCGCUCCAGGAGUAUUCAGUAAGCCACAAGCCGUUGUUGGUGAAGACCAAUAUGGACGUUUUGGAUAUUCUUUAGCUGUAGCUGGAGAUUUGAAUCAAGACGGAUACACUGAUAUUGUUGUCGGAGCUCCAUAUUCAGGAGAACAAAAGAGAGGAACAGUUUACGUUCUCCACGGAUCUAAGAACGGAGUUCGUGAGAAAUACACUCAAAAGAUCCAAGCUCACCAAAUCGGACCUAACAUCAGAACUUUCGGAUUUUCUCUAGCUGGUGGUGUUGAUGUUGAUGCUAACGGAAUUCCAGAUAUUGCUAUCGGAGGAUGGAAAAGUGGACAUGCCACUGUCCUGCUCAGUAAGCCUGUUGUUACUGUUACUGGACAAACUGAUGCUGAUGCUAACAUAAUCAAUGUAGAAGAACAAAACUGUGAUGUUGAUGAGAAGUUAGGCAAGCAAACUUGCCGAACAAUCAAAACUUGCCUUCGAUAUGAAGGAAAAGGAGAUACUCCUUCCGAUCUCGAAUUUAUUCUUCAUUUCAACUUAGACGAUCAUUCCCCUGAACCUAGAGCUUAUUUCCUUCAGAAGGAUAUUAGAGCUGACCGUGAUAUUACCGUUUCUAAAACCUCUAAAACCAAGGAUCAUCCUAAUGUGAUUGAGAGAAGAGUUCGUCUCGAGAAAAACCGUCAAAAGUGUUUCCAACAGAGAUUCUUCGCUUCCAGCACCAUGAAGGAUAAGCUGUCUCCUAUUCACUGGUCCGUCAAUUAUACUUAUGUGGAAUCAAAGACUGGUAAACUUCGAGGUGAUAAACUCGAGCCAGCCAUCGACACAACAGUUCCUCUGACUUUGGAGAACAAGAUAAACAUUGCUAACAAUUGUGGAAAAGAUGACUUGUGCGUUCCUGAUCUGAAAGUAAUUGCCAAGGCUGAUCGUGACAAAUUCCUUUUGGGAACCAAAGACAACACCAUGCUCAUCAAUGUUACUGUUCGUAAUGGCGGAGAAGAUUCGUACGAAACUAAACUUUUCUUCGACGUUCCUGAAGGUUUUGAGUACGGAGGUGUUGAGUCCGAUGACAAGAAGGUUACUCCAAUCUGCUCUCCUACAUCGGAAGAACCCAAUGAUGAAGGAAGUUGGGAGUUUGCUUGUGAGCUCGGAAACCCACUCCCAGCCGGCAAAGUUGUCAAUACCGUCGUUCGUCUGAAGGCUAAUGAAGAUAAGCCACCUCUUAAACCAAUCAAAAUCAACGCUCAUGUAAACAGUACAAACGAUGAAGAAGAAGGAGCUGACGCUGACAACAAAGUUACCUUCGAAAUUCCAGUUGACUUCAAGAACCAAUUGAACUUGAAUGGCAGAUCAAACCCAGAACAAUUAGAUUUCAGUACAAAAAAUAAGACUGGACCUGAACUCUUCUACGAUAAAGAAAUUGGACCUGUUGUCAGUCAUUUGUUCCAAGUUUCCAACAGAGGACCUUCUGACAUCGAUUCGGCUACUCUUGACAUCUUCUGGCCUUCUUUCUCUGUACAUGGUGGUCAUCUGUUGUACUUGAUUGUGGAGCCUGUCAUUUCCGAUCCUUCAAAAGGAAGAUGCCGUGUUCGUCAAAUGCAGAACAUUAAUCCUGACAACUUGAGAGUUACAAAUGAGCAUGUUCCAACUGAGCCACCCACUCCCGUUGGACAUCACGAUGAAACCCAUAAUGGAGACGAUGACUACAUUUCUCAAGAAGAAGGAGAACAUGAGCAAAACCAUGAUGGAAACGAUGAGGAGAUCGGUCAACCACAUUUCGUUUAUGAGGAAAAAGAACGAAAACCAGUAGAUUAUGAAUAUAUUCCUGAUGAGGAAUAUGAAACAAAUGAUGAUGAAUAUGAUAAAGAUAAGAGGGUAAAGCGUCAGAACACCCAACGUCGUAAAUCUAAGAAAACUGGCUCCGAAAGAAAGUCUGAAACACGUGGAGAAAGAGCUCGUUUCUCCGAUUUAAGAGCUGCUGUCAGAGAAUCCAAAGAAGGAGGUGGAGCUAUCGACUACAAGGGUAUCAUCAGUCGCGCUACUGUUGACUGUAACUCCCUUCGUUGUACUCAUAUUGAAUGUGAUCUUUAUGAUAUCCGUGAGAACGAAUAUGUGUUAGUUGAGGUGUUCGCACGCCUUCACACUAAUACUUUGGUUGAUGAACAUAAUCCUGGUGGAGAAAUUUCUUCCUUGGCUUUGGCUCGCGUAACAUCCACAAAGUACAACUGGCCUCAUAAACCUACUUUGAUCACAGCUGUGACCACAGUUUUGAAUGCUGUCGAUGAUGAUAGCUCAGGAGCAGGAGUUCCAUGGUGGUUAUACCUCAUGGCCAUCCUCAUCGGUCUUGUGAUUCUAGCUUUGUUAAUACUUCUCUUGUGGAGAUGCGGUUUCUUCAAGAGAAACAGACCUCAAGCUGAACAUGCUGAGAGAACAGCUCACCAAGACCCUGAUGCUCAUUAUGCUGACACGCAAACCCGGUAUGCUUCCAAAGAUACAUAUAACCCCAACAGCCAUGGACCAAUGUUGUAA